UGCUGGGGCGGAGCGGGAGCUGAGGAAGUGACACGGUGGGGCGGGGCUGGGCAGCGGCGGCAGCGGCAUGGCAGCGCGGCGGGCGUGAGCGCCGCUCCCGGCACCGGUACCCGCUACCCGGCCCGCAGGCUGUGGCAGCUGACAUGGAUCUUCUCUUCCUUUGCCCUGUCCUGCUGGUGCUGCUGCUGUCCCGGGGCAGCUUCACUGACCUGGAGAAACAGAGGGUGGACUCUGGCUUGGAGAUCUAUAAGAAGCUGUUUGAGGUGAAGCGCAAGGACCAGAUGAACGCGCUGAAGAACCUGAUCGAGCUCAAUGACAUCAACCAGCAGUACAAAAUCAUUGACAUCAUGCUCAAGGGACUCUUCAAAGUGCUAGAGGACUCCCGGGCUGUGCUCAUCGCUGCCGACGUGCCUCCCGAUGGACCAUUCCCUCAGGAUGAGAAGAUAAAGGAUGCGUACUCCCACGUGGUGGAGAACACGGCCUUCUUUGGGGACGUCGUCCUGCGCUUCCCCAAGAUUGUGCACCACUACUUUGACCGCAAUUCCAACUGGAACAGCCUCAUCCGCUGGGGCAUCGGCUUCUGCAACCUGACAGGCGUGUUUGAGCAGGGACCCCACUCCCAGGUCCUGGGGCUGAUGGCUCAGGAGCUGGGUAUCAGUGAGAAAUCGCCCGAUUACCGCAAUCCCUUUAAAGUGGACCACUCCGAGUUUUUCCCCAGCGCGGACACCUUCCAGAAGGCGCUGCGGGAGGAGGAGAAGCGGAGGAAGAAGGAGGAGAAGCGGAAGGAGAUCCGCAAGGGCCCACGCAUCUCCCGCUCGCAGUCGGAGCUGUAGCUCCCUCUUGGAGGCCUCGUCCCGGUGCCUGGUGAUCGCUUUCCGUUUGUGCCGUGGGGUUUUGUUUCAUUGCCUUUCUCUUUGGUUCAGCCAGGGCCGGGUGGCAGUGCUGGUGGGUUGCCCCAGUGGGGCUGAGGGGGGCUGACGUGGGGUUCCCCUUCCCCAGAGCCAAAGCACAAUCAGGAAGGCAGUGGGGCCAUACCCAUGGCAUGUGGGGAAGUAGGGCGAGGGAGAGCCGGGGGAUCCCCCCCCUCCACAGCACGCCCCGCACUGAACGUGCCUCCUCCGUCAUGGUGGGCUGGGGAGCGUGUCACACCAAACAGCCUCAUGAGCAACGCUGCUUCGCUCAGUUUUGGGGUGGUUCUUUUUUUGGUUAGACUGGUGAUCUCAUUGGCACCCCCGCCCGGUUAUACCUGGUCUCUGCCCAGCCGCUACCUCUGCCGGAGCAGCUCUUCCCUCUUCCCGGUGCCUGUUUCAGCAAGCAACGUGUUUCAUCCGUCAGCUGUCGUUGGAAAGGCUGACGGCAUCUGUUCCUGGCCCAGCAACAUCCUGCUCUCCUGGGCGAGCAUUCCCAGAAGGGAGGCAAACGUGGUGAAUCGCUGGAAAGGAGGGAUUUCAGUUCUUUGCCUUCUUUGCAGCUGAUGGGUGUGCAUAGUGCAGGUACCGCUGACGCUGAUGGUGCUGGGGAGCCAUCCCUGAGCCCUGUGAGCCCGUCCUCCCACCCAUAGUGUCUGUGCUGCAGGGAGAUCAGAGGCAAUGGCCUGGCCUUGGGACCCUGCACAACAAUCCUGUGCUUUCCCGUGGUUGCUGAUGAACUGGCAGCAGGCGAAGCUCUUGCAGAGGGACUGUCCUCCAGAAGCAGUUGCUCUGUGCCUGCCUGGGGCACCACGGCCUUUGGGAAGGGGGGAACGUCCUGAAUGUUUAAGCGUGGAGUCAGGUCUGUCAGGCUGGGGGUUGGCAACGGGUGCGUGUUUUGUUUUAAUGGAAUAAACUUGACUUUAUUUUUUUUGUAUUAAGUAAAAGAA